AUGGCGAGCGGGGAGCAAGGCCCUUCGCCGGGCUCCAUAACCGCGAUACAGGUUUUGGCCUCGUACGCGCCGGCCGAGCUCGUCCUGCGGCACGCCGCGGACCGCCACCCGGCGCCGCCGUCGGCGCCGGAGCGAGAGGAUUUUGAGGGCGCCGUCGGCUUUGUGGAUGUCUCCGGCUUCACCGCCCUCUCCGAGCGGCUGCAAAAGGACUUUGGGAACAAGGGAUCGGAGAAGCUCAAUCAGUACAUCAACUCCUACCUCACGCGCUUGAUUGACGGCGUCUCGCACCACGGCGGCGAUGUGAUCAAGUUUGCGGGCGACGCGCUGCAGGCCCGUGAUCCGCCGCCUGUAGACGAGAG